AUUCGCAGUGCCUGAAUACGCGGUUUGUCAGUUGAUGCGUGGUUGCACAGCACGUGCCAUAUCUUUGAGACAUUUUAUGUCUCGAGACAUCUUCAAUUAAUAAAGCCUUGGCUAUGACUUGUCACCUCUUUUAUUUAUCUCUUCGUCUUUAUAUUAUUUUUGUGCGCUCUUUCUUCAACUUGACUAAGACUAGCACAGCAUAACUCAUCUCGAUGCGGAUACCUCGGGCGACUAUCCACGUCUUUGCUGCGACUCUGUCAACAAUAUCAACGCUAUCCGGCCCCAAAGCUACGCUCGACGAGCUCGCACAUUGGGGCCGGCUUGCGGCAUCCACAUACCAGCGCUUCGAAGACUGGGCCAACUGCACAGCCUGCCAGCAUACAGACAUCAGCAACAUCACACUAGCAGCAACCUGGUCAACUGCGCUCCCGGCCUUCAGCCGCGGUUUCGUGGCCAUCGACCACACGCGCACCCAAAUCAUCAUUGCCUUCCGCGGUACCACUCACAUAAUGGACGCCCUCUCCGACGCCCAGAUACUGCAGACCGCCUGGCCACCACCGGCAGCGGCAGCAUCAGCCAGCACUUUGCGUGGUGUCUCGCGUGUACACAUGGGCUUUCUUCUGUCGUAUUUGUCGGCGCGACCGCAUAUAAUUAAGGCGCUCGAGCGCUCAGCACACUUGGGUUACGCCGUGAGGUUUGUCGGCCACUCGCUGGGUGCUGCGCAGGCUGCGCUGGCAUACGUUGACUACGGGAUGAUGCGGCCGAAUGCAUUGACUGGUUCUGAUUUUGGUUCUGGUUCUGGUUCGGAUGCUGCGGCGCUGGUGACAUUUGGGUCGCCCAGGGUGGGCAAUGCGCAGUUUGCCAGGCUGCUCAAUUCGGGCAACGCACUGCGCGUCGUGCACGAGUCAGAUAUUGUGGUGCAUCUGCCAAACUCAAUCUACCCAGUACUGUACGCACACGGCGGCCAGGAGGUAUGGGCGCUGGACAGCGAUGAAGAUGACUAUGAUGAGGACUCGAUGACGCUGGUGUUUUGCGAGCCACCACCGCCGGCCGACAAGGACGAUGACCCAGCACCCGAUCGCAAUUGCUCUGCUGGUGUCAGCCCGCUUCGCUGGAAUAUACAGGACCAUAUGGUGUACCCAGGCAUGCAUCUAGGCAUUCCUCAAUACUGAACGAAUGCCAUUUAUGCAAAAAAAAUGAAAAGGCAACUAUUAAAUUAAAUAAAAUUAAUGACACCCACGUGAUGUAAGCGACGCCGGCCGGCUGUCAGUAUCU